UAACCUCAAAAAAGUAUCACGCUCGCGUGAGUAGUAGUUCGCGAAACAAAAAUAAUAUAACUAAUCGAUUUUAUUACUAGUAAAUUGCAUUUAAAUCACCGAAAAUGGCGGAACAAGUAAAUCAACGUAUCGAGGAUAUGAUCAAUGAGUUGGAGCAGAUGAGAAGAACACAAAUGUAUGAUGAUGAAGAAAUAAAGGAAAUAUCUCGAAAAAGAAAAGAAUUUGAAUACCAUAUACAGAGAAGAGUGAAACAGAAAGAAGAUUUCGUUCAAUACAUAGCUUACGAACUGGCUUUGCUUGAGGACAUCUCUUUGAGAAGGCAACAGGCAAAAUUAAGUGAAAAGAAGAAAGACAUUGAGUAUGCAAUCGCUAAACGUGUGAACAAAGUAUUUAAACAGUUCAUAUACAGAUUUCAAGAUGAUUUAGAAAUAUAUUUUGAGUAUAUCAAGUUUUGCCAGAGUGUAGGAUUUGAUGAUGCUAUUUCUGGUAUUAUUGGACAGAUGUUACAGAUUCAUGGUGACAAACCAAAAAUCUGGCAGUUGGCAAGUAAAUGGGAGAGUAAAGAACAGAAUAACUUGGACAAUGCUAGGAACUUCUUAUUGAAGGGAGUUCAUAGACAUCCUGAAUCUGAAAUCUUGUACCUUGAGUUGUUUGAUAUUGAACUUAUUGAUUUGACAUUUAAAGCUGGUGAUGAAGAAGACAGGGAAAAGCAAGUAAAAAGAGCAGACAUUGUUUGGAAAAAUGGUGCUAAAAAUAUUAAAAGUCCCAAAUUCCUUUUUAAUGUUUUUGAUCUAUGUAGAAAGUAUGAAAUCAAGGAAUCAUUUGUUGAUGACAUAAAAAAAGAGAUAUGGCUCAGAAAUGACAGCAAAGAUGUUUGGUCUUACAUUGCUGCUAAGGAAUUAGAAGGUUGUCACUGGGAAGAAAUUGAAGAAUUUGUGGAUGAAGAAAAUAAUUUUUCUAAUGAAGUAAAUAAUUAUAUAGGAGUUUAUGAAGAGGCUUUACAAAAGUUCCCAGAUGAAACAUUAUGUACAAAAUACAUCCAUGACUUGCUUGGCGCAAAUGAAACUGUAUGCAGUGACCAACAGAAAAUUAGUGCCGUCAAACACGCCUGGAAGUAUGGCUAUGAAAAUGGACUUCUUACAAAUGACAUGUUUGCUUUUGGACUGGAAAUUUUGAAAUUGGAAAACGAAACAUCUGAUGAGGAGUUGAUGGAAAUACUGGACUCUGCUAUCAAAAUGAAUCCUAAACUAAGGUGUGUUUGGGAAGAAAAGAUCCUAUUAUGUAAAUCAGAUGAGAAGAAAAUGUUGUCUGUACUACAAGCUGUAAAAGGAUUGAAAUCAGAUGAUUUAUUGCAUAUUUAUAAUCUAGUUUUGGAUAAUGUAGAGACAGAUGUUGCACUAAAGAAUCUGUACAAAAAGUUCCAGAGCUGUGAGAAUGCUGUAUUGUUAGCAAUCAAACCUAAACUCUUGCAGAAAAUGUAUGAAAAGAAUGGAUUAAAAGCUGCAAGAGAUUUGUAUGAAGAUCUUAUUAGGACUCCACCCACUCAGAUUGAGGUGCACACAAAUAUGAUAGAGAUUGAGAUGCUUCAGGAGAAACCCAACCCUAAAUAUAUAAGAAAGUGUUAUGAAUGUGCUGUGCAACAUCACGGCACUGACAAUGUAGAUCUCUGGGUCAAGUACAUGGAGUUUGAAACAGAUCACAAUGCACAAGCCACUCCUGCCAUCUACAGAAGAGCAGUGGGCACAUUGAAAAAGGAACAUGUUGACCAAUUUAUAAGAGCACAGACAUUAGCUAAAAUAAAAUAAAUUUUGUAUUCUGAACCAGGAGUUUUAUUACGAUAAGUUAUCUAAACAGAUACAUUCAAAGAAAACUGAUAUCAUACGCAUGUUUUAUCUUAACCUUGAAAAAUUCAAAAUAUUGCAAGUAAUGUCAUAAAUAAUUUUAGUAAUAUAUGAAAUUGUUAUAAAAUAACAAAGCAACUGACAAAUAAAAUAUAUUUAUUUAAUAAUAACCACACCUGACUCAACAAUCUAGCAAAACGAAUAUCCGCAUGGUACACCAUUUAUACUAAAUUAUUUACAUAGUUUCAUUGUACAUAUCCUUUACUCUCUACUACAAGGUUGAGACUACUUUGGUGAUCAUGGAAUAACACUUAGCUAAUAAAAAUAAAUGCAAAUACAUUUAGGAUAGAGUGACUACUGCAUGGCUGCGAUAGGGGCAAUGUAGUACCUAAAGAUUAGGGACGAUCCACGCUUGUGCUGCUUGUUUCUCAGCAAGUCCCUCCAGCAGGCUUGCCAAGAUGGGUACUUGGGCAUAUUGGGAGGGUUGCCAGCUGACAGGCUGCAGCCAGCCACAGCCAUGCAGGUGGACACCACAACCAGUGGGUAAGUGAUAGUACUAGUCACAAAGGUUAACAGGGGUACUGUGUAGUAUCGCAGAUCUUUAGUUUUGACGAGGUAUUUGUUCACAUAGUAAGCCAAAACUCCUGUCACUGCAACACAAGUUAAAUCACCAAGAAGCUUAGGUAUGAUUCCGUGGAAGAACCCACGGAUGCCAUCAUCUCUGUAAAUAGACGCAAUUGCACCUAUCAAAGAGCUAUAAUCUUCCUCUUUGCCAAUAAAUGAGGCCAUCAUCCUUACAGACACAACAUGGAAUGGAUAAGACACAAUGACAGAAGCUGUGUGCAUUAUCAUGUCUCGGCGGCCCAGCUUGAUGUAAUCUUCAACCUUGGGCUCCUCAUCAGUGACAAUAUUUGGAGGGUCAUUGAUUUCUGGCAAAUCAAUACCCAUCGCAAAGAUUACCUUAGAUGUCAGUUGACUGGACGCAAUCAGCCCGAGUACUCUCGCAGAUAGGCCUCUGUAGCAGCCGAAAAAUCCAUCUGAUGUUUUGAUAAACUUGAUGUAUUGGAAAACGUUAGGUAAUAUCAUGGCAGGGCGUCCAAACAGUGUCGUAGACCGGCGCGGCGGUAAGGGCUCGUACCCCAGUUGUAUGAGCACUUUCGCAUAUUCCAUAGGAUGGCAUAUUGUAGUUACGAGUAGCUGUGAUGGCAAUGCCGCUAUUUUCUCUUUUUCAAUUUCGUCCAUGUCAAUAUCGAGCUCUUCUGAAAUCAAAAAUGACUGGCCAAAGACAUUAGGUAAACGUCAAAUUUUUUUUGGGUUGCCAUAUAACCAACGAUAUG